AUGCUAGCUGAAGAACAGUUUAUUGAAUUCAAGGACAAACAAUUAAAGUACCAAAAUGAAGUAGACAAUAAAUCAGAUUUAAUAGAAGAUUCUAUAGUAUGUAAGAAGCUCCUUUUUCUAACAGAAAAUAAUGAGAAAAAUACUAUUCCUUUACUAUUAGUAGAAGGUGUUAUAGAAAUUACAAUUUGGAAAAAUAAAUAUUAUAAA